AUGGUAAUAAAUUUCGUAAUUUCUAAUUGCGGCUUAGAAUUACACAAAUCUAAUAAGAAACUUUCACAAUCUAAACUCUCUCUUCUUCAAGAACAUUUACAUUUUCACAAUACUGAAGAAGAUAUAAAUGGCUCUGAUUAUCGUCCUGAUAUAGUUCACUUUUGCUUGCUAUCCAUUCAAGAUUCAAUUUUGAACAAGGAGGGGAAGAUUCAAGUGUACUUGGAGACUCUUCAAGGCAGCGUUUUCAAGGUCUCCAACUCCUUUAGGGUCCCAAGAACUUUUAAGGUGUUCAACAAGGUUUUCUCUGCUUUUUUACAAAGUAAGUCCAAAGAGCUUAGGACUGAGUCUGGCGAGCUUUUGCUAGAGUCUGUUGGCAGUUUGGAAGAACUAGUACUAGAAUCUUCAAUAAAAAUCGCAAUUGACAACAGAUGUCCAAUUUUGGAUAUCAAGACUGUUCUAUCGCAGCUGACUGAUGACUUUGACCGCUGUUGGUUCUUCUUCUCAGCCUCUCCCACUCGCAGUCUUUCUAACAUUACUCUCUCAAAUAUUAUAGAAGUUUCAACUAUCCACAGGGAAAUACUCGAAAGGGAUAAUCUAAACGCAGGAACAGAUCCCAAUGAACUACAAUCGUUAGAAGAUGUAUAUGCUAACCCACUAAACAAUUUAAAUACACUAAACAAUUUGAAUGGAUUAAAUAUUAAAUAUGAUUAUUGUUUAUCGAUUAGAGAUUAUAAUCUUAGUUGUCUUUCAAAUUGUUAUACUCUCGUUUGUACAUUAGAACACCUUCUCAAUUAUUAA